ACACUUUUUGCAACCACCCUUUUGCUCUUUCAAAUUUUUCUUUUUUUCCAAAGUCUCCAGACAUAAAAUGAUCAAUUCUUUUUAUGGGCUCUAUAAAUAUUCUUCCAACAAAAGUUUGAUUCUAUUUCAAUUCUUUAAACUACUAAAUCCCUCGCUCUCUCUUUUGCUCUCUUUAACAGCACCAUUUAUAUAUAACCAUCUUGACUCUAUAUAGGCCUUCAAGAACAGCUUUUGAAGUGUUAACUGACAUGGAGCUUUGCACUUUCCUUCAUCUUCUGCUUCUUGUUCCUCUUUCAAUGAUUGCAGCACCUACAAAUGCAAACUUAGAGGGUGAUGCUCUAUACGCCUUGAGGAGAGCAGUGAAGGAUCCAGGACUCGUUCUGCAAAGCUGGGAUCCGACCUUGGUGGAUCCAUGUACUUGGUUUCACGUCACAUGUGACACCGAUAAUCGGGUCACCCGUCUGGACCUUGGAAAUGCAAAGCUGUCGGGCAGUCUAGUACCGGAGUUGGGGAAACUUGAGCGUCUUCAAUAUCUGGAACUGUACAUGAAUGAACUGGUGGGUCCAAUACCGAAGGAGCUUGGGAACUUGAAGAGCCUAGUGAGUCUGGACCUCUACAACAAUAACCUCACUGGGUCCAUACCUGCUUCUCUAUCUAAACUCGCCAAUAUCAAAUUCCUAAGACUGAACAGUAAUAGACUGACUGGUAGAAUACCAAGGGAACUUACCAAACUGGGUAACAUAAAGAUGCUUGAUGUGUCAAAUAAUGAUCUGUGUGGCACAAUCCCUACUUCUGGCUCAUUCUCUAAGUUCUCUGAAGAAAGUUUUGUGAAUAACCCUAGACUAGAAGGACCAGAACUGAUGGGCUUUGUAAGAUAUGAUGCAGGAGGAAGCUGUUGAGGAAGCAUGGAGACCCAUAGUUCUUAACUACCAAUUCCAUAUAUUGACUCGUUAUAUGGGAAAGGCUAUCUUUACUCAUAAAAACUAUUAUUAGUUGUUACAGACUAAAAACCAGCCAAAAAAACCACCCACUUUAUGCUAAGAGAAGGAGCUCCAAUAUUUAGCUGUCACUUUCCAGCCAAAUGUAUUCUUUUCUUUGCCUUCCAACUUGUAGAUAAAGAUAAUACAUAUUUCCUGCUCUUUGAUGAUCGA